AUGAAGUUGAAUAUUUCGAACCCUUUAAACAAUGUACAAAAAAGUAUAGAAAUUGAUGAUGAGAAAAAAUUAUUGCCCUUUAUGGAAAAGAGGAUAGGAAAUGUUGUACCAGGGGAUUCAAUAGGAGAAGAAUUUACUGGAUAUGUAUUUAGAAUAACAGGAGGUAAUGAUAAACAAGGUUUCCCAAUGAUGCAAGGAGUUUUAACAAAUAACCGUGUUAGACUUUUAUUUAAAAAAGGUAUGAAAUGUUAUAGACCAAGAAAAAAAGGGGAAAGAAAAAGAAAAUCAGUUAGAGGUUGCAUUGUGGGACAGGAUUUAUCUGCUUUAAAUUUAACCUUAGUAAAAAAAGGCACGAAUGAAAUUCCAGGAUUAACUGAUAAGACCGUUGGUAAAAAAUUAGGUCCCAAAAGAGCUAGCAAAAUUAGAAAAUUAUUUAAUUUAGAUAAAACUGAUGAUGUUAGAAAAUAUGUUAUUGGUAGAUCUGUUACUAAAAAUGGAAAAACUAGAAUUAUUAAACCAAAAAUUCAAAGAUUGGUUACAGAAAAAAGAUUAUUUAGAAAAAGAAAAUUAAUGGAAGCUAAAAAAAAGCGUAAAUUAGAAAAAUGCAAAGCCCUCAAGGAAUACAAACAUGUUUUAAAAAUGUAUAGAAAAAAAAUGGCCUCAAAAAAAGAAGAAGAAACAGGUAAAAAGAAAAAAGUUAAAAAGACUAUUUCAAAAAAAAAUGUGAAGAAAGAUGAAAAAAACAGAGACAAAAAUGCCAACAUAAAAAAUAAAGUAAAAACUGAGAAUGUGGAAAAAACUGCUAUCAAAAAAGACAAAAAAACAGAAAAACCAAAAGGAGAUAAGCAAAUAAAAUCUGAGAAUAAAACAAAAAUUGAGAAAAAAACAGUUGCAAAAGAUCAUAAAGAGGGAAAUAAAGGAGAUAAAAAAAAGAAAAACCAAAAAUAA